AUGUGGCACCAUCGUGCACUGGAGGACCAGAUGAGGUCAGAGGUCCGCUUGUCUCUGCCUGUCCUCUCCUCCAACAGAAAUCUGGUUAGCCACAGACCUCAGCUUCAGAGAAACAGACUGCUGAAGCUCGGCGAGGAAACCAUCUGUUCCCUGGGAGACGAUAUCUCACGGAUCCCAUCUGCCACUCGUAGCACAAUGAGGCAUCUCAGCUCUCGACACACAGAGGUCAGCCAGUGGAGGUCCCAGAUAUCUGAAAGCAUCGCGAGAGUGGAUCGAGAAAUCACUGCUGUGGAGCAGAUGAAAGACUUGGCUGAGGGCGUUCUCCAGGAGAAGCAGGUGUACAGUCAGCUCAUGAGGGACUGCGUGUCCAUCAGCAACAGUCUGGGCUCAGUGGGCCAGAGACAGGACCGCGUCCUCUCCGAGCUGAAGAACGAGGAGCAGCUGACCGGUGAGUUUAGAGAAACGCUCCAGAGACAGAUCUGCUUCCUCCUGGAGAAGCGGGGCUCUCUGAAGGGGAUCCGCGCUCAGCUGCUGGCAGAUUUUCGGGACAAGGGUGAAGCCAUCAAGCUCACCACCAAAUGCAUUGUCCCUGACGUCAACGCCCUGAGAUCAAGUUUCCCUGCCACCCAUUACAAACCAAACUACGUGAGCUAUGACAAUUGGCUGUCCCACUGCAGGGAGCUGAGGCAGGCGGCUGAUAACCUGAUCAACGACUCGUCUUCCUUCAGGGGAAACCUGCGCUUCACACUGGCCAAUCUCAAAAAUACCCAAGAGCGCCAGCGCCGCUGCACAGUUGAUACUCAGAGAAAGAAGAUCAACGACCUGACCAGGGCCCAGGAUACUCUGAUCUGGGAGAGGCAGCAGAUAAGAGAUGAGAUUUCUGAUCUGACUACGGACUGUCACAAAGUAGCCUGUCAGAUCCAGAAUUGUGACUCAAAGCUGCACCGGGCCACACACUGCCUGGACAUCCUGCACCAGAGACCCAGACGUGAGCUCUGCCUGGACCAGCCCCUAUUCAGCCUCACACUGGAGAAACGUGACCUUGAAAGUUUGGCAGCUGGACUUUGUCCAAUCAUGAGGCGCUCUCAGAGGGACCUGGAGGUUGCACACAGCCAUCUGAUGAUUCUGGAGUACAAACUGGCCAAAAAUGUUAGCCACAUGGAGGUGGAGCAGAGAUGCCAGAAACUGCACCAGAGUUUCCUCCCUGCGCUCGACACCUCUGUGAUCCUGACCAACAAGCCCAGGUUCAGCCCGGACAGCUCCAGCCUGCUCUCCUACCUCCAGUAG